AUGCCGGAUUUUGACGUCGUUUCAAGGACAGCGCUUCUUGUCGCCUUCGCCCAAAAUGGCGAUCUCGCUGCUGCUAGAAACGCAUUCGACCAGAUGCCGCAGCGGGAUAUCAUCGCCUGGAAUGCUAUGCUUCUUGCAAAUGCUCAGCAUGGAAAGUUUGUGGAGGCUAGAGCCUUUUUCGCCGCCAUGCCAGUGAGAGAUCUUGUUUCGUGGAACACAAUGCUCAUUGCCUAUGCCGAGCGCGGCGAUUUGGAAUCCGCUAAACUUUGCUUUGAUUCUAUGCCGGGAAGGGAUCAAGUAUCCUGGAAUGCUCUAAUUUCCGCGUAUGCCGAAGCCGGCCAUUUGUCACUGUCGACAUUGAUGUUUGAUAGUGCGCCUUAUCACGAUCUAAUCUCUUGGAAUGCAAGGUUAACAGCAUUCACGCACCAUCUACAGUUUAUGGAAUCAGUUAAGAUCUUUCACCAAAUGCCAGACCGAAACAUGGUGUCCUGGAAUGCAAUGCUCUUGGCAUUUGCCAGAACUGGGCAUGCGGUAAAGGCCUUAGCGUUUUUCCAUGCCAUGCCUGCUUGGGAUGUUAUUUCCUUCAACACCAUAUUGGGCAUGAAUUGGAGUAUGCAGCUCUUGGCUGUGAUGCUUUUGGAGGGAUUCUUUGCUGAUGAUGUGACGUUCACAUCAGUUUUGUUGGGUUGUAGUCAUCAAGGUGGAAUAGUAAAUGCAGGAAGUGUUCAUUUGUGUGGAGCUAAAGAAGUUCUACUUGCCAUGCCAUUUACACUAGACAGCUGUGAUCAGAGCUCAAGCAAGACUUGCAUUGCCGAUGGAGUUCGGAAUCGGUACCCUGGAAACGUAUUGCAGAUCUACUCAUCCACAAGGUUGGGUAUGAUGUUAGUGGAAUUGUCAUACCCAAGCAAAGCACGUGCUGCACGUUCGCUAUCAUGA